AUGCCACGACCCAGCUUGGUCCAGCUACCCAUUCUGGCUACUUUUAUACCGAGCCUGCCACCAAACACUCCUUUCCGAGUGUCCGUUCAUAGCUGGGAAAAGCCUCGGCCAAGUCUGUUGACAGAAAGUCUGAUGCAGCCGGACGAUGCCCUGCUCUUCGAAGUCCGAAUUUUCAUUGACGGACUGUGUGUCUCAAUCAGAGUAGUAAUAGCUGAGGGACUUGCUCGGCCAAACCGCAAUCCACCGAUUGAGAGAGUCAAAGAUGUGGUUGCAUUCUCCUUUCAGCACGCACCUCUGCAGGUUUUGGAGUACUCAAACAUCGCCUGGCCUAACGCUGGUAUGUGGAAUCGUGGAAAACGCAUGUUCAAGUACAAUGCAGGUAGUCUUGGGAGCGGCACAAAGGAGCAGGAAGACCUCCAUGGCCACUCCCCAAGUCGACCGGAAAACCGGGGGUCAGUCACUCUGAACAGCCAAGUUAGCAAUCCAGCACUCUAUACUACCUGGCAGCAACGGAAUUAUCCACCACUUCCUCCACCUCAAUGGCAGAAUAAGGAAGCCACGUGGGCGCCUCAGGAGUCAUUCAUGGUAGACCCUUUCAUUGACCCCUACGUCCUGGACCCCGCUGCCCGCCACCGAGGGGCAAGACCGUCUUGGGAGGAUAUCAUUAUGCCUGAUUAUAUUUCCAACUCAUCCAGCAGCCGUGCGUUUUCUAGUAUGACUGGUAUCAGUUAUGAGCAUAGCAAGCAACCUAGCCUUGUUGCUCCGAUCGAUGAGGAAUCGUAUAAUCAGCUCAUCGAGGGUGUCAGUCCACCAAAGCCACUGGCUUGCAGCACCCAGGCCUCCACAAAUGCUGCGCCGGCGGCUCCCCCGAUGGCAACUAAGCUUUCUUCUGCUGCAGAGGAGCGCUCUUCAACUUAUGUCAAGAAGGGAAGGCGUCCGUCAGUGCUGAAGGAACUGUCCCAAACUGAAACCAGAAGCGUUUCUGGCUCCAGCGUCAAAUCAAAUCUACCUUCUGAGGGGAUUAUAGAGGCCACCACGACAUGCAAGCUGCACGUGAGUCCAAAUACCCAUGUGAAAAGUCGCAAAGAGGGUAUCACGUCAGAUAAUAAAGAAAACGACGUUUCGGGCGAGACAUCGCGCCAAGAUCACGACAAGAUUGAUCAUACUCCUACCAAGAUUAUUGUCCGGACAAGUGGGAAUGUUGAGACCCCCAAUGAGUCCCAAAGACGCCUAUCGACCAACGGUUCUGCUCAUGGAGGAGUAAGCCUUGCCCCCGAAAAAGAGACUCCUGUGUUACUCCCUCCGUCCAAGAACUUGUCCGAGGCAGGAGACCAUGAUCCAUCAGCAGGUUUUGAUGAUUUCUUGGACUCGAGACUUCCGCUGGCCGAUCCCGUUGUUCAAAGCUUGGAGAUUGACUGA